AUGUUGUCCAGAUUCGCGCCGCGCGCAUUCGCCGCGCCCAUCAGACACAAUGCCGCCAGGCUCACUCCCGCAGUGAGGACCGUCACCACCGACGCCGCAAGCAGUCACGUUGAGAAGAGCGAUGUUCCUUCAGAAGACGACAAGCCUUUCCAGGUCCGACUCAACGAUGAGGCAUUCGAGACAUAUGAGAUGGACCCGCCUUCAUACACCCUCGACACCACCAAGAAAGAGCUGAAGCAGAUGUACUACGACAUGGUCGCAGUCCGACGAAUGGAAAUGGCCGCCGACAGACUGUACAAGGAAAAGAAGAUUCGCGGUUUCUGUCACUUGUCCACCGGCCAGGAAGCUGUCGCAGUCGGUAUCGAACACGCCAUCACCAAGCAGGACCACAUCAUCACCGCCUACCGAUGCCACGGUUUCGCCAUGAUGCGUGGAGGCACAGUUCGAUCAAUCAUUGGUGAGCUACUCGGCCGAAGAGAGGGUAUCGCAUACGGCAAGGGUGGCUCUAUGCACAUGUUCUCCACUGGAUUCUACGGUGGCAACGGUAUUGUCGGUGCCCAAGUGCCCGUUGGUGCCGGUAUUGCAUUUGCGAACAAGUACGAGGACAAGAAGAACGUCACCUUGAGCUUGUACGGUGACGGUGCCAGCAACCAGGGUCAAGUAUUUGAAGCUUUCAACAUGGCCAAGCUUUGGGAUCUGCCAGUCAUCUUCGGCUGCGAGAACAACAAGUACGGUAUGGGUACUGCCGCCAACCGUGCUGCCGCCCUCACCGACUACUACAAGCGUGGUCAGUACAUCCCAGGUCUCAAGAUCAACGGUAUGGAUGUCCUCGCCGUCAAGGCCGCAGUCCAGCACGGCAAGGAAUGGUGCGCCAACGGCAACGGUCCUCUCGUCCACGAAUACGUCACCUACAGAUACGGUGGUCACUCCAUGUCCGAUCCAGGAACCACAUACCGAACUCGCGAGGAGAUCCAGCGCAUGCGAUCGACAAACGACCCAAUUGCUGGACUGAAGCAGAAGCUCAUCGAGUGGGGUGUCACAUCUGAGGAGGAGCUCAAGGGCAUUGACAAGGAGGCACGCAGCCACGUCGACGAGGAGGUCGCAGCAGCAGAGGCCAUGGAGCCACCGCCAGCUACACCAGAGGUGCUGUUCGAGGACAUUUACGUGAGAGGAUCCGAGCCACAAUUCCUCCGAGGACGAAUCCCCGAGGAGAACUUCUACUACCCAGAGAGGGAACUGCAGAUCCCAAAGAGCCCAGCACAGACACUGGCGCCGGGUGAGUCGAGCUUGUAA